AACACUACAUGUACUACGGUAACGGUCUAACAGCCAUUCAGGUUGCUCAUUGCAAGUUGUAGCGGAAGACCUGUGUGGCUUUGGGAGAUCCUGCCAGUUGUGAACAGUUACUGGAAGGCGAUACGGCGAAUGGAAUAAUAUGGAGUGUAUUCCAGUACCUAUUGAUGAUCUUGAAGGCAAAAAGGACCCAGUCAUAGAGGACCCAGAGCACAAUGUGUACACCAGGUUUAUGAAGUCCCACCGGUGUUAUGACCUUGUACCUACCAGCUCCAAAUUGGUUGUGUUUGAUACAUCACUUCAGGUCAAGAAGGCCUUUUUUGCUCUUGUUUCUAAUGGGGUAAGAGCAGCGCCUCUGUGGGACAGCAAGAAGCAGUGCUUUGUUGGUAUGCUAACCAUCACAGACUUUAUUAACAUCCUUCAUCGCUACUACAAAUCUCCAUUGGUUCAGAUAUAUGAGUUGGAAGAACACAAAAUUGAAACAUGGAGAGAGCUGUAUCUUCAAGACUCUUUCAAGCCCUUGGUUAGCAUAUCUCCCAAUGCAAGUUUGUAUGAUGCAGUUUCAUCUCUGCUGAAGAACAAGAUCCACAGAUUGCCUGUAAUCGACCCCCUGACAGGAAACACACUGUAUAUUCUCACACACAAGAGGAUUCUCAAGUUCCUGAAGCUUUUUAUCUCAGAGAUGCCAAAACCCUCGUUCUUGAGACAAACCUUAGAGGAACUGAACAUCGGCACAUUCCAGAACAUAGCAGUGGUCCGCACAGACACACCGCUGUACACGGCGCUGGGUAUUUUUGUUGAGCAGCGAGUGUCAGCGCUCCCCGUUGUGGACGACAAAGGUCGAGUGGUGGAUAUAUACUCAAAAUUUGACGUUAUUAACCUGGCAGCAGAGAAGACGUACAACAACCUUGAUCUGACAGUGACCAAAGCCUUGCAGCACCGCUCUCAGUACUUUGAAGGAGUGCUGACCUGCCACAGGCACGAGACCUUGGAGGCCAUCAUCAAUAGACUGGUGGAGGCAGAGGUGCACAGGCUGGUGGUGGUGGACGAGCAGGAUGUUGUGAAGGGAAUCGUCUCCCUUUCAGAUAUUCUCCAGGCACUAGUGCUUACUGAUGGAGAAGAGGGCACAGCUUGAGGAAGAACUCAAAGAAGGAAAGGCUACACAAUUUUAUGAGGAUGUCAGAGCAAAGAGAGAAAGAGAACCGGCACGUGAGAGGGGAAUUAAGACAGUAUAUAUAUUCACACAUGAAGACUUCUUCUCUAUUUUAGCAACCCAGCAGUAUAAAAUUGUAUUAGCACAGGACAUAGAGAAGCUCCUGUAUUUGAGCCAAAUUCCAAGCCACAAGAUCGAUGUAAAAGCACAAGAAACCUCUGAAGAGGAGCUGCAGCCUCUCAGGAUGACCCGGCAUCAUUCCCACCUCUGUGGCUCUUGUGCUGAUGUACGUAGAGGAGGACCAGUAAUUAUGACUUUGAUUACAAAUGUAUUCCCGAUAAUAUAAAUUAAGUAAUCAGUUACCAGCCAAACGAAAACUGAUUUACCUGUAUUACCUUUUGUUGGCAGCAUUUAAUUUCUAUAAUGUGGCUGAAAUUUAGAUGCACAUAAAGCCUAUGUCAGGGUAACGUUAAACACUGUGUAACUUUGUCAGAUCAACAUUUGAUGUGUGUUCUGGCACGUUAUGACAUUUGACUGAGCCCUGUUCUUUGUACAUUUAAGUAGUUAUCAGGCUUAAAUGGUCUUAUUCACCAUUCAGCUAGUUUGAUUAUUUAAAUGCAGGUGGAGCGUUGAUUUGUAAAUCAUUUUUUAGCUUGAACAACUACACUUCCAAAUUGCAAUACAUAUCGAUAGUUAUAUGGUUACUGAAGUAUUUAUCUGUAUGUAGGUGUCAUAUAAACUGUACAUGCAGUAUAUACAUACAAAAACUAGCUACAUGCUACCUUUGUGUGAAGACUGAAUGAUAAAAUAAGCUAAAUCAUUUUUACAAACACUAGACCUGGUCAGCUACAUUUGAAAUUAAUUUCACACAUAUAAAAUGGAAAAGGUCUGGUCAUGGUCUAACUACAUUUUCAGUCAGCUAGGUUUGCAGAUUUCAGCUUCAGGACCUGUUGCUCCAAAAAUAGCUCUCGAUUCAAGACAAUUAAAUCAAGUUACCACAGUUACCAGUGUGUGAGGAAUUCAAGGGCUCAGGUUUUAAUCUGUUGUGUAGCCAGACAGCGAAGUAGCAAACCUGGAAGAGCACUUUAGGCUUCCAAGUCUAGAACAGCAUAAAUGAAUCUGCUGUUAGAGACGACCGUUCAUUGUGCUUUAUUCUGUUUGAAUGCACAAGCUCUGGAUAUUUAUGGGUUUUAUGUUUUACCAUUUUGUCUGUGUUGUCCCAUGUAACAAAAUAUUUAAUGCUUGUUUUGGGUUUUGGUAUUAACAGCAUUAAAGGGAUUUGCUUAUUGCUUCAAUGCUGCAAAAUAAAAAAAAAUUUAAAGUUCACUUGAAAUUUAAACGGUCAAAUUAACCAUUUCUGUGGGUUUGAUAAUUUUCUGAUUUAUAUCUUUUUGGUGAGUUAUGCUGAUGUCAGCUAAAGUCGAACAUCAAGUCUAGGUUUAUUCAACUGUUUUCUGUUCCUUGUGUUUAGGGGACUUUAUCAAAAUCACUAAAUACCAGCAUUUACUUUCCAUUUUCUUAAGAUAGGCCAGGAACAUGUCACACUUCCUGGUAUAUAUGAAACUGAAUGUGUACAACUGUAUGUAAAUGCACAGUUUUUGUACUAAUCUGCAUUGAUAGCAUAAUUUAAAGGAUGAGCAAUAAAAGUUCUUUGAGUUUG